AUGUCCAUUAAUUACAACAAUGUACAUAGGGCAGAUAUCCCUAUAACUAAUUUGGAUGACUCCGAGGACGACUUGGAUUUUAAUUAUCAGGAGGAUCGUAGUUCAAGAAACAAUACCACGUUUAUAGAUGACUUAGAUUUUGAAAUAUCAUCAAACGACGAGACAUUGUUUACAAGAUUAGGAAAGAAAGUGAGUUCAUUUUUUAAGAAAAGCUCUACUGGUUACAAAUACAACUCCUUGGACCACUCUAUAAGCAGUGACAGCUUUGAUUUAGAGCGAGAAAAUGAACCACAAUCACUAAGAAAUUACGGGAUACCGCGACUACAAAAGAGGCUACGGGUCAUGGCAGGUCUUCUUGUUGCUCUAAUACUGGUUAUUAUUGUGAUAUUAAUUUGUUUUCCAAGUAAUGUGCUAUCAAAUCAUGCCGGUGGUCUCAUUAAUAAAACCACAUUAUCAAAUUCAACCCACGAUUUCCACCCGACAACUUUAGUUAUAUCCUUGGAUGGGUUUCAUCCUCACUAUAUUUCAGCAGAAUUGACACCAACAUUACACCAAAUGAUGGUACAUGGCUAUGGGGCUCCUUAUAUGAUACCAAGCUUUCCAUCUAGCACUUUUCCGAAUCAUUGGACUCUUGUAACUGGCUUAUAUCCUUCCGAACAUGGAAUUGUUGGAAACACUUUUUAUGAUCCAGAACUUAGAAAGCAGUUUAUAAAUACAAAUCCUACGGUCGGAGGACUUGACCCUGAUUUCUGGAGAGGCGGUGAACCUAUAUGGAAAACGGCCUACGAUCAAAAUAUCACGUCCGCUGUACAUAUGUGGCCGGGGAGCGAAGUCCCUGGGAUUGGAAUCGGUGGUGGCCCAUUAGAAGUAGAUAAGUUCAAUGGAUCUGAAGUGUUAUCAUCAAAGGUAGAUAGAGUGAUGACUUGGCUUGAUAGAGCCGAUAUAGAUUUACGGCCAGAAUUAAUAUUAACUUAUGUUCCCACCAUUGAUGAAUUUGGGCAUAAAUAUGGUAUUGGUGGUAAGAAUAUUUCAAAUGCUUUGACGUAUGUUGAUGACUUCAUUAACUUAUUGAAGCUAGAACUCAGAAAGAGAAAUUUGACUAAUAUUGUGAAUAUGAUCAUCGUAAGUGACCAUGGAAUGGCGCCCACUUCAAACGAUCGACUCCUUUAUUUGGACGAUUUGAUUGAUUUGAAUAAAAUUGAGCAUAUUGACGGUUGGCCCUUAUUUGGAUUGCGUCCUAAAAAAGGAUAUCUCGAAGACGAAAUACUUCAAGAAAUGCAAUCCAGGUUCGAAAAGAUGGACGCAAAGAUUAGGGAAAACUAUGAUAUUUACAGAGUACAAGAUAUACCGAAGGAAUGGGAAUUUGGGGGAUCGCAAAGUGACCAUAAGUUUAACUAUAGAUUAGCACCCCUUUGGAUUAUUCCCAGAGUUGGUUAUUCAAUUACAACAUACGAGCAAAUGAAGGAGAAUGGAAAUGACUACAAACCGAAAGGUGUACAUGGAUACAACAAUACAGAAUUGCUAAUGAGGGCAUUAUUCUUGGGUUCUGGUCCAUAUUUCGAUAAUAUACUAAAGAAAGGUCUGAAGAUUAAGCCGUUUCAAAACACGGAAGUCUAUAAUUUUAUUUGUGACACAUUGAGCAUCACACCAUCUCCGAAUAAUGGUACAUUUGAUAAAAAGAGACCUUUGAUAUCGACAAACAAUUAUCUUCCAAAAUCAUGGAGAGACGAUUUAGGAUACCCCAACUUACCUUUCGAGGUGGAUCAUAUCGUAAAGGAUUCCACUUAUGAUCAAUUGUGGAGGAAAGAACCGCCACAGCCUAAACCAAUGGCCAUACCGACCAACGAAAAUCCUUACCUGUCCAUGAUAGAAGUAGAAUCAACAUUAGUAUCGAUGCAAACCCAAAAACUUCCUAAACCGACAGAUUUUGUUGAAGCGGAGCCCUCUCCGAGCUCUGGUGAUGCUUCAGAAGAAGGAAAGUUAAAGGAAGGCAGCAAAGGAAAAGAGAAAAUCAAAGGAGGCAUCAAUGGAAUCAUUGGCGACAUAUUUGAUGAUCUCAAAGAUAUUGGAGAAGAUGUAGAAAAACUUGUCGAUGAUGCAACAGAUAAAGUUGAAGAGUUCUUCGAUGAUAACAGUUCUCAUCUUAAGUUAUAG